UUCUAGUUGUGUUACGUCAUGCUCUCCCGGCGUGUGUGCGAGUGGCGAUUGUUCUUCCUCGCUGGUAUAUAAGGACUCGCGAGACUUUUUAGGUGUUGUUUUCAAUGCCCUUCCAGUACCGGUGCUCCAUGCAUGAAGUUUGAAGGGAAACACUGCAAGGCCUAGCCCCUUUAAAGGCCUAACUGCAGUUCGAGUGCUAACGAUGGCGUCUGCCAGGCUACUGAGGAAAGGAGCAGUCAGACUCUGGUGCGAUUUCGGUCGAGGGUCGAACGCUUCGACGAUUAGGACACGCUUGUGCAGGAGGUCCUUGAGCAGCAAUGUGAACAUUCUCUCCUGGAGAACAUCGUUUGCGGCUUCUCUCAACAGUCAAGUGAAGUUCUUUGCACCUGUGAGAUGGUAUUGUGCUGAGAAGAUCGAUCCUGAAGGUGGGAAUGGGGAGGGACAAGGGAGCGGGAACGGAGGCGACGAAUUGCCCGUGAUGCAUUCCCUCCCGGCGGCGAUGACCAUCCCGGAGGUGUUUCCACAGGUGCCACUCAUUGCAGUCAAUAGGAACCCGGUCUUCCCACGGUUCAUCAAGAUCAUUGAGGUCACAAACAAAGCUUUGAUGGAUCUGUUGAGGAGGAAAGUAAAAUUAAAUCAGCCAUAUGCAGGAGUCUUCAUGAAACGAGAAGACAGCAACGAAGCCGAGGUGGUUGGGAGUCUCAACGACGUCUACCACGUCGGCACGUUCGUCCAGAUCCACGAGAUGCAGGACAUGGGGGACCGACUGAGGAUGAUCGUCAUGGCCCACCGUCGCAUCAGGAUCGACUCUCAGGUCUUGGAGGACAUCGUGCCACUCUCAUCCGGUCAAGUGCUGGAGCUGAAGUUCCCGACAAUGACGGGGAAGACUUCGCAUCUCUUCACAGAGGAAUCGGGGAAGGGCACCCGACGGCGGUCGCGGAAGCGCAACAACAACUCUCAUCAGCCGGAGGAAGAAGCCAUCCCCCUACCCAGCACUGAAGGAGUCCUCAUGGUCAACGUGGAAAAUGUGACCCAUGAGCCGUUUGAGACCACGGAGGAGGUGAAGGCCCUCACGCAAGAGAUCAUCAAGACGAUCCGGGAGAUCAUCAUCCUGAAUCCCCUGUACCGAGAGAGCAUCCAACAGAUGCUACACGGCGGGCAGCGGGUCGUCGACAAUCCGAUCUACCUCUCCGACCUGGGUGCGGCCCUCACGGCUGCCGAACCGCACGAACUCCAGCAAGUCCUCGAGGAGACCAAGAUUCCCGCUCGUCUCCUGUUGGCCCUCUCCUUGCUGAAAAAAGAGUUUGAGUUGAGCAAGCUACAGCAAAAAAUAGGGAGGGAGGUGGAGGAGAAAGUGAAGCAGCAGCAUCGCAAGUACAUGCUCUUGGAGCAGCUCAAGGCCAUCAAGAAGGAACUCGGGUUGGAGAAAGACGAUAAGGAUGCCAUCGAAGAGAAGUUCCGGAAGCGCCUUGAAGGCAAAGUCGUGCCAAAGGCCGUUAUGGAUGUCAUCGAUGAGGAACUGAGUAAGCUUGGUUUCCUCGAGUCACACUCGUCCGAAUUCAAUGUGACUCGGAAUUACUUGGAUUGGCUGACCCAGCUGCCUUGGGGAACUACCAGUGAAGAGAACCUAGACCUGAAGAGAGCAGCCGAGAUCUUGGAUGAAGAUCACUACGGGAUGGAAGAUGUGAAGAAACGUAUUCUUGAAUUCAUAGCAGUGAGCAAUUUGAAGAAGACUACACAAGGAAGAAUCCUGUGUUUUUACGGACCCCCCGGAGUGGGGAAGACGAGCAUCGCCCGAUCCAUUGCGAGAGCCCUGAACCGAGAGUAUUUCCGCUUCAGCGUGGGCGGGAUGACCGACGUAGCCGAGAUCAAGGGUCACCGGCGUACGUAUGUGGGAGCGAUGCCGGGCAAGGCGAUCCAGUGCCUGAAGAAGACGCACACUGAGAAUCCCCUCGUCCUCAUCGAUGAGGUCGAUAAGAUUGGAAAGGGUCAUGAUUUGAAUUAUGGUUGGGAAGGGAGUGACAAUGGAUCUUUGGGCUAUCAGGGGGAUCCAGCCUCUGCGCUGCUGGAGCUCCUGGAUCCCGAGCAGAAUGCAAACUUCUUGGAUCACUAUCUCGAUGUCCCAGUGGAUCUCUCUAAGGUGUUAUUCAUAUGCACGGCAAAUGUGACCGAGACGAUUCCAGAGCCCCUGAGAGAUCGAAUGGAGAUGAUAGACGUGUCAGGCUACGUGGCCCAGGAGAAAUUAGCGAUUGCUCAACGCUAUCUCAUCCCCCAAGCUGUGGAUCACUCCGGUGUCUCCAUCGAAAAGGUGGAGCUGAAGGAAGAGGCCUUGACCGACUUGAUCAAGUCGUACUGUCGAGAGAGCGGAGUCAGGAAUCUGCAAAAGCACAUUGAAAAGAUCUACAGGAAGGUCGCUUUCAAGCUGGUGUCGGGGGAAGUGGAACGCGCGUCGAUUGGAUCAGAGAAUCUCCAGGAAUACGUGGGGAAGCCCAAGUUCACCCACGAUCGCAUGUAUGACAUCACGCCUCCGGGGGUCGUGAUGGGGCUUGCGUGGACUUCCAUGGGGGGCUCGGUGCUGUACAUCGAGACGUGUUUGAAGACCCCAGUUAAAGAAAAAACUGAGGGUGAGAAACUUUCAGGAAAGCUGGAAAUGACUGGUCACCUUGGAGACGUGAUGAAGGAAUCGGUUCAGAUUGCAUACACCUUUGCUCGUUCCUUCCUUGCGACCAAGCUGGCCCACAAUGACUUCCUCUUGCGCGAGCACAUUCACGUCCACGUUCCAGAGGGGGCGACCCCAAAGGAUGGCCCGAGCGCAGGUUGCACGAUUGUCACAGCUCUCUUGUCACUGGCCAUGGGUGUCCCAGCUAGGCAGAACACUUCCAUGACAGGAGAGAUCUCCCUCACCGGGAAGAUCCUCCCUGUCGGCGGGAUCAAGGAAAAAGUCAUUGCUGCCAAGAGAGUCGGGGUGGAUUGCAUCAUCCUACCGGGUGAGAACCGCAAGGACUUUGAUGAUCUUGCACCUUACAUCAAAGAGGGACUGGAUGUGCACUUUGCAGACGUCUACGAGGACAUCUACCCCAUCGUCUUCCCUGCAUGAUCCUCGUGAUGCAGACGAAUGCCUCGGCUAGAAAUGCGCUUCAUAGCACCUUGCACCUCGGUUGGGAGACGUUUGAGCAUCCUCAAAUGCAGUGGAGGUGUUAUUUUGUGUAAAACAAGAGUGUUGAUUGUUUCAAGUUUCCUUUGGAAGAAUGAAUACUCGAUUUGUGAU